UUGGAACGCGCCCUACCUAGAUACAUCCAGGUCUCACGCCUAAGUGCCCAAACUGCUCCGCAACAGCCAAGCCAACAUGCAGAUGCAGAGUCAGAGGCACGGCCGCGAAGACCGCGUCCGCGAAUCAAGCAGAGGCGCAGAAGAAGCCCACCCAAUUCGGCACGCGGCGACGGCGACGGCGGCGGCGGCGGCGGCGGAGACGAAGAUGGCCACGCCACCGGCAUGCCCGUCAACCAUGUCCCUCCCAGCCGCCGCCGGCGUGGGAGUCGGCGAAGGGAAGGGGAAGGGGAAGGGCCCCGCCCCGUCCGGCCGCGGGCGCACGCGGCUGCGCGGCGAGCAGCUGCGGCAGCUCCACGAGAUCUUCCUCCGGUUCGACCUCGACGGCGACGGGAGCCUCACCAAGCUGGAGCUCGCCGCGCUCCUCCGCUCGCUCGGCCUCCGCCCCGCGGCCGGGGACGAGAUCCACGCCCUCAUCGCCGCCAUGGACGCCGACGGCAACGGCACCGUCGAGUUCGACGAGCUCGCCUCCUCCCUCGCGGAGCUCAUCCUCGGGCCCUGCCGCCCCGCCGUCGCCGUCGACCAGGCGGAGCUCGCGGAGGCCUUCCGGGCCUUCGACCGCGACGGCAACGGCUUCAUCUCCGCCGCCGAGCUCGCGCGCUCAAUGGCGCGCAUGGGCCACCCAAUCUGCUACGCGGAGCUCACCGACAUGAUGCGCGAGGCCGACACCGACGGCGACGGCGUCAUCAGCUUCCAGGAGUUCACCGCCAUCAUGGCCAAGUCCGCCCUCGAUUUCCUCGGACUCGCUGCCUUGUGAGGGACAUGGAUUCAUGCUUGGUCUCCUUCCUCUGGUUAGCUUUCUCCGUUUGUGCAUUUGUUCGUUCCCCUUUGCUAAUUGCUAAUAUAUGCAUAUUUGAUUGAAUCGGUUCUACCAUAUGUGUUGUUGUAAAUAUUGUGUAUAGUCGUAAUUGUUAUCCAGGAACAACAUAGAUAAUUUGCCUGAUCAAAUUACGUGGCAAGGAAAUAAAAAACCCAGUAAUGUUUGAUCCA